UGGCCAGAGCUGUUUUCCGCCCUCGCGCGUUCUUGCUCUCGCUCUCUCACCCCCAGCCAAGCCCAGCCCUUUUGACUCCGGGCCCCUCGUUCCCUCCGCCCCACCCAGGGUGGCCCUGGAGAGCUGGACCUGCCCGCCCCGGCUGGGACCAUGGUGUUUCUCUCCGGAAAUGCUUCCGACAGCUCCAACUGUACCCACCCGCCCGCACCGGUGAACAUUUCCAAGGCCAUUCUGCUUGGUGUGAUCUUGGGGGGCCUCAUCCUUUUCGGGGUGCUGGGGAACAUCUUAGUGAUCCUCUCGGUGGCCUGUCACCGGCAUCUGCACUCGGUCACUCACUACUACAUCGUCAACCUGGCGGUGGCCGACCUCCUGCUCACCUCCACCGUGCUGCCCUUCUCGGCCAUCUUCGAGAUCCUGGGCUACUGGGCCUUCGGCAGGGUCUUCUGCAAUAUCUGGGCGGCUGUGGACGUCCUGUGCUGCACCGCGUCCAUCAUGGGCCUCUGCAUCAUCUCCAUCGACCGCUACAUAGGCGUGAGCUACCCGCUGCGCUACCCGACCAUUGUCACCCAGAGGAGGGGCCUCCGCGCUCUGCUCUGUGUCUGGGCGCUGUCCCUGGUCAUUUCCGUCGGGCCGCUUUUCGGCUGGAGGCAGCCGGCCCCGCAGGACGAAACUGUCUGCCAGAUCAACGAGGAUCCGGGCUACGUGCUGUUCUCCGCGCUGGGCUCCUUCUACGUGCCGCUGGCCAUCACCCUGGUCAUGUACUGCCGGGUCUACGUGGUGGCCAAGAGGGAGAGCCGGGGCCUCACGUCGGGCCUCAAGACCGACAAGUCGGACUCGGAACAAGUGACGCUCCGCAUCCACCGCAAAAAUGUCCCCGCGGGAGGUGGUGGUGUGAGCAGCUCCAAGAACAAGACGCACUUCUCCGUGCGGCUCCUCAAGUUCUCCCGGGAGAAGAAAGCAGCCAAAACGCUGGGCAUCGUGGUCGGCUGCUUCGUGCUCUGCUGGCUGCCCUUUUUCUUAGUGAUGCCCAUUGGGUCUUUGUUCCCUGAUUUCAAACCCUCGGAAACCGUUUUUAAAAUAGUGUUUUGGCUCGGAUACCUGAACAGCUGCAUCAAUCCCAUCAUAUACCCAUGCUCCAGUCAAGAGUUCAAAAAGGCCUUUCAGAAUGUCUUGAGAAUCCAGUGUCUCCGCAGAAAGCAUUCGUCCAAGCACACCCUGGGCUACACCCUGCACGCCCCCAGCCAAGCCCUGGAGGGGCAGCACAAGGACAUGGUGCGCAUCCCCGUGGGAUCCGGAGAGACCUUCUAUAAGAUCUCCAAGACCGAUGGGGUGUGUGAAUGGAAAUUUUUCUCUUCCAUGCCUCACGGAUCUGCCAGGAUUACAGUGCCCAAGGACCAAUCUACCUGCACCACUGCCCGGGUGAGGAGUAAAAGCUUUUUACAGGUCUGCUGCUGUGUGGGGCCCUCAACCCCCAGCCUUGGAGAAAACCACCAAGUUCCAACCAUUAAGAUCCACACCAUCUCCCUCAGUGAAAAUGGGGAGGAAGUCUAGUGGGUAGGGAAGGUCACAAGGAAAGGGGUGAUCCUAGGUGCCCUCCCACUUUCUACUCAAAAGACAGCUCACCCUUCUUGGAGGAAAACACAGGACCAUUCAACAAGGGCACCAUCUGGGCAUGGGACAGGCAGGAGACCCAACUCAUCGGGCAACAAGUGAGGAACAAGAAAGAGGCUUGAUGUCUCCCCACAGGUUUAGAAUGGGUCUACACAACACCCCACUGCACCUGAUUCUAGUUCGUUUUCUAAGUCUGCUUUCCACAACAGGCCCUUUCGAUGAAAACUACCAUGGGAAACAGAAUUUCAUACACAAUCCGAAAGACUAUAAAUAUAGGGUUAUGAUUUCAUCAUGAAUAUUUUGAGCACACACUCUAAGUUUGGAGCUAUUUCUUGAUGAAGUGAGGGGACUUUAUUUUCAGGCUAUCCCUCUAAUGGAGAACUGUGAGAUGGCAGCCACUGCCCAGGCACAUUACUUGUAGAAAGAGUUUUAAAACACCACCACUUCUGAUGAAUCCAGCAUCCCAGCUUGGGUGAAUUAGACAGUAGGAUUUCCCUUUGCCUGCACUCUGACCGGACACUGUGCUUUAUCCUCUAAAGAUGAGAGUGAGAGACCCUCACGCUGCAGAAUGUGAAGACACGCCCCCCCCAGGUCUGAAACAUGGUGAACCAAUCGGGGAGAGCAUUUUUUCCCAAAAGAGUACAAGAGACAUGAGGCUCAUCUUUGCGAAUUCACUGGUAGGGUCAAAAAUUCUUUCAGCUGUUCCAAGGUCAGAUGCGGAAAGGCUUCUCCUGUAUCCCAUUUAAAGAUCAACAGGUUGCGGGGGGGUGCUGAUUUCAUGCUAAGCUAGCUGCUGUCAAGUUACUCCACGGCCUUUCUGAUGUGGCCUAGAAAAGCUCUUCUUGACAAAUUACUUGCCUUUCCCAGACCUCCAUUAUGAAAACCCAGAGCUUACAUUUGAAGAGGUAAAAUAUUGACUUUCAUUUCUUAUCACCUACUUCAAUCCUGCAUCGUGAAUGAGGUUCACCCACAGCAUGCUGGAAUGAGCCUUAAGACCCAGAUACAUCCUUCCUACACUUUGAAAGAUACCCAUGCUUAGCCUUGAACAGAUACUUACUGGUCACCAAAGAACGGCCCAGAGCAGGGGUUUGCAAACAUUUUGCGGGGGCAGAAACACAUUUAUCCCAGCAGAAGAUCCCAUAGCCCACUCAAAUUCAUCAUACUGCUUUCUGUAGGAAAUUGGGACAUAUUUCUUGCUUCAUUGGCUUCCAAAUUUUGAUAUACCUUAGUAACUCACAUUAUUGCUAAUAAUGAUGAAAACUAUAUUUAAAAAUGAAAAUAUGCCUGUUAUCCUACAAUGGGGAUUUAAAAUACAAUUAAAAUUCCUGACAAAAGCCACUGAUCUAAAACUACUGGCCCUUCCCUAUUUGUGUAAUUUGCUCCAGGAAUUUCAAAGCAAGUUGGAGAUGUUUUGUAACCUUGUCAGCAAAAGCAUGGUCCAAUCAUCUCUCUUUGCAUCAAAAUAAUUCUUCUCUUAAUCCUUGCUGAAAAUAAAUCUUGUUCGACAUUGCAGUGGAGGGUAUGUUUGCAUGUGGAUGUGGAUUUUGUAAGGGCUUUGGAUGUGACUGUUUUCUCAGCUUUCUGGGCAGUGUCUUAUUGACAAGAUAAAUAGAUACUUGACCUUACUGUAAGAACAGGGAUUCUAGCACAAAGAAGUUGGCUGGGUUUUUAGAGUCUACUAGUCCUGUGCUAGCCCAAGCAGAUGUGGGGGUCCUACUUUAAGGCAGGCGUCCAGGGAGAACUUGAACACAGAAGGCUCCCAAUCUUCUGCCUUGGUAGGAAAGAAGCUUCGUCUCUGAAAAGAGCUUCUUUCAGAUUCUGAAUUUAAAACUCACUCUUGGCCUUGGCUUCCCCUUAUAGAAAUAGCAUCCUCGUGGAAAGAAUGGUCAUAAUUUAUCUUCCUCGAAAUGCGAUCCCUGUUAGGCAUGACUACUAAACUCCUCAAUGGAUAAAUUUACAUUGCAGAUACUGGAAAGCUUAUGAGGGCCGGAAAGUUAGCAUUAAUGCCACUCCUAAUCAAAACCAGCAGCUAGAAAAGCUUUUGGACAUCAGAUAACAGCCGUGACAACUGUGUCCAUGUAAAGCUCUCCAUAUAUAACUGUCUGCUACACUCUUCUCCAGUACCUUUCCCUCUAGGGAGGAAAACUCUGAACCUUUUUUCCCUUUCCCAUAGCAUGAUGUGGGGCGCAAAUAUAACAUUCCGAUGUUACACAGAAUUCGGUGAUAAAGCGAGAGAAACAAUUCACAAGUUGAGUUGCUUUUCACUCAUCCACAAAACUAUCUGUACCUGUAAGCAUGCCAAAAACUAUCUAAAAUUGUUACAGCUAAACAAAUGAUUAUCAUAUUUAUACUCCCAUGUUUACUGCUUCUAUUUGGAGCUGGAGGAAUUUACCCGGAGUAACAGUGGUUUAAAUGUCUUCUCAAAUGUGUUAUAAAAAGCUGUUGCCUUGGGAUUGCCUGAACUUCACAAAGUUAGUGACAUUAUGGGAUAGGCAAAACUCGAGUUUAUUCUGCAAUGAUUAUGUGCACUAGGAGGGGCCUUAAAUCUCUUUAUUCAUAAAUUUUCCCAGACUAGAAACCAAGGAUUUUAGAAAAGCUUUUCAAUCAUCACAGUUUUCUCCUUUUUCCUUUUUCAUGUCUCAUCCAGUUCCAUCUUUGCGUAACUGCCUAGCAUAUCCCACGUUUUCCAAAAUGUGAAGUCUCCUCUCUCACCACCUGCCUAGAUUGUUCCAUCUCGCUCACAAAUGAGAGCUGCACCUCCAAGCAUCUUGGCUUCUCCCAACCCCUGAAAUGUGAACCAUCACCUGGACCUGCUGGGCCAGUAGGUUUCCGAGUUUCAGCACUGUAGGAACCAUUUGCUUGGGCAGCUAACUGUUCACCUCUUUCAUCACACAGCUACUUAAUCAGUUUGCCAAACAUUCUCCUUUGCUUCUGGAAAAAGUUCUUCUCAGGUCCUCUUGCCCCCCAAAAAAAUCUUCGUUCUGCACACAAAUAGUUAUCCACUCAGUGAAGGAAAGAGUUCUGCUCCCCAGCACAGAGAGAAAGCAAAGAGGUGGAAGCUGGGCAAGCGGAAAGCCAGUUCUCCCUGCAAAAGCCAAGGUGACAAAAGAGAAGCCAUGGGUGGCCAAUAUGGAGCCAUCAGAGGUUACUCACUCUUCACUCUGAUCUCUUUACAUGACUAGUAUUCGUAACCACGAAACCACCUGUACACAGCUCCAGUCAAGCCCCCUGGGAGCACCGUUUGCUCCUGCUGUGUCUGUCAGCUCUGCUAUGGAACAGGGCCGAGUCCCCCAUCUUCCAAAAGCAAUGGCAGCAGUGGCCGCUGGCCCUCCACAGUCCCACGGGAUGCGUGAGUGGAGAUGGUGGUUUGGGGCUGGGCCGGGACAGCAGGUUAGGGUCUCAGCAGAGGACACUGACCCCUUGCCGGUGUGGCCAUCGGCAUGGUCUCCUUCAAGCUCUUCAGACCCAAAGGUCACGUAGGUGGGCCACGAAUGCACCUCAUCUGCUCCAUGCAGGAAAACUCAUUUCUUCUUGGCCACUGUAACACAGAUUAUGGGUUUUCCCACAGAGAAGGAGGAGGAAGUGGGAGUGAUCAGGACCAUCGAGGAGAGGGAGACUUAGCAUAGACAGGACCAAAGCAGGGUGCUGCUCUAAUGCUUUGCUGCAACUGAUAAGCAAAGCAACCAGCCAGAAGCUGGUGAUUUAUUCAUUUCAAAAGAGAAAAUAAUUACCUUACCUCGUCACAAGGCUGGGGAGCUAUUACAUUACUCUCUUUCUGUAUCCAUAUAGGCACAUUUUAAGCUGGAAAUGAUUAUUGCUAAAUGAUGAAACAUACAGACUCAAUUAGGAUUUUAAAAAACCUGAGAGAAAGUGAACACUGUGUUUAGAGAAAAAUAUGCUGUAGAUGCUGGCACUUUAAAUAGCCUGAAUACAGUAAGUGCAUUUGAAUGUGAAGAGAAGAAAUAGAAGAGCCGGCAAGAGCUCUCUACAUAUCCGUAUGGGACACUUCACAGAAGUCAGAGUAAUCUCACCCGACUUGGGUCAUUCCCCUGUGUCUGAUAGGAAGAGAAGAUGGGGCUUAUGGUCCGUACUUGACAUAGGAAGAAGUGAGGAAACUCUUCAAAGUUUUCCAUGAGCCCCUCACCCAGCCUCUGACUCUUGCUCUUUGUGAUCUCUAUGUCCCCGAGGCCCGUUUUCCAGUUGCACUCUCAUCUCUCCCUUUAUCUCCCCCCUGCUUUCUGGCACCCUCUCUCCCGCCCUCUCUGCCAGCCACCGCGCAGCACAGGACUGUUCUCGGGGCCACUGCAGAUCCACCCGUGACCAACAGACAGUCACCAAACUCUGCUCUUCCUCCCUAAAUAGGCAGCCACAGAGCCACAAAGCUGAGGACAAAGGCAGAGUGGGAGGCUCUCAGUUAGUUCAAAGAGGUGAAAUGCAAGGCAAAGCCCAAGAGUGAGUCUCCUUAAGGUCCUCAGAGGUCCCCAAGGGAGUCGCAGGUAUUGACCUUCGCUCGGGGAGCCCGUGACUCCUCCUGCACACGCUGUCGGCAGCAAACUACCUCUCCUCAUGGAGCACUGCCCUUGGCACAAAACCUGCAGCGAGGCACAGACAGUCCUCAGCUCAAGAGCUGGCCAGGGCCCACGGCCAUCUGUGUAGAAGUCAAGAAUGUGUCUUUCCGAGAGGCAUUGUUUUGAGCCAGGGAGGGGAAGGAUGUUCCCAGAUGAACCAAAAAAACAAAAAAUAAAAUUCUAUUUCAUGUACACCAAGAGUUGCCAAACUUUCUCUAUAAAUGGCUAGAGAGUAAAAUAUUUUAGGCGUUGUGAGCUAUAUGGUGUCUAUCACGCAUUCGUCUUAGUUUUGACUUUUUCAGGGAGAGUAGACUAGAACAAUUCUUAACUAAACAUAGAACUGUUGGUACCUUUAAAAAAAAUAAUGUGGUCAAAUUUAGCCCCUGGACCACAACUUGCCAUGCGUAGCAUGUGACAUCACCUGCCUCAGUAUAGUGUGGGUGAUGCUAAAAAGUGGCUUUUGGUUUUCGACAUACAACCGUCUUCUUUUCGUUUUUUUGUUUUUCGAGACAGGGUCUCACUAUGUAGUUGAGACUGACCUGGAACUCACUACGUAGCCCAG